UCAUCGCCUCCUCUUCCAAUGUCGAGUGCAACUCGCAAUCCAUUUGCGUUGCUCAACGAAGACGGUGACAAUGAGCAACCCCAACAACAGGCAAAACCAGCCGCACAACAAACAGCUGGGGUCUCGGUGAAGCAAACACCAAAGGAAAUCACAGCAAAGCAAACCACCUCAAAGAAGCGUGACCCGACUCGUUCGUCUGCCGGUGAGCAACGUCGUGAGGGUCAGCAACAAGCCUCCACGGGUGCUCGUGGUGGCCGUAACAAUGGCCCUGGCGGUCGUGGUCCUCGUAAUGAUAACGAGGCCUUUGCCAAGGAUAAAUCAGUGGGACAUGAUGCGAAUGCCGCAAAACCAAUCGAUGGCGAUGCUCCUGCACGCGGCGGUCGUGGUGGUAGCCGUGGUGGUCGUGGUGGCCGUGGUCGUGAAUUCGAUAGGCGUAAUGCUACAGGCAAGACCGAUACCCCUAAAGCCACUGAACAAGCUUGGGGUAAUGAAGCUGAAGCUCAACAAGCCGCUGAAGGUGAAGAAGCAGCUGCUCUGGGUCCUAAAGACCCGAAUGCCGAGGAACCUGCUGCUGCACCUGUUGAGGAAGAGGACAACACCAUGUCGUAUGAGGAAUACCUCAAGUCCAAGACCUCCAACGUCCCAGCUGCACCACAGCCGCGUGCCGCCAAUGAAGGUACGGAGGACAAGUGGUCCAACACCACUGCCUUUGAGAAGGACAACAAUGAAGCCUACUUCACCGGCACUCAAAAACAAAAGCAGCAAGACAAGAAGGAACGCAAGCAGAAGGAAUUUGUUGCUAUUGAGCAACGAUUCAGUGCUCCACCGGUUGCUUCAAGGCCUGAGGGCGGUCGUGGCGGUGGCCGCGGUGGUGCGCGGGGUGGUCGUGGACGUGGUGAGGGUCGUGGACGUGGUGAGGGUCGUGGACGUGGUGGUGCGCGUGGUGGUGCCAGCUCGAGGCCUCAGUCGUCUGCUGCGCCGGUGAUGGAUGAGUCUGCCUUCCCUGAGCUGGGCAAGGCUUGAGCCAUGUCCGGUGUUAAUCUGCAAGUC